CGACAGUCGGCUUUCCACUGUUCUGCGCCCGUGAACACAUUCCAUCAGCGAUGUUGAUUGAGCCAUCAUUACUCAAAGUCGACCCGCCUAUCGCGCCAGAACCGAUGACCAAGAAAGGCAUCAAGCUGAUGAACCCUGCAGUGCCUUGCAUUGCGAAGAACGGCCUAAAUAUUCUGCACGAAAUCUUUGGUCUUGGAGUCCAAACUCCCCCGACACCCAACUUAUCGGACGUAGUUCUUAUCGCUAUAGACUUCGAGAACAUCAACACCAUUAAGAGCGGAUUUGCUGAAAAGCGCGAUUGCCAGAUUGGUCUUGCCAUCCUCGAUACGAAGGAAAUACACCGCCAGGCUCCGAAUACGCUUGUGUCUACUUAUAACCUAGCCACAGGGUCUCCGUUCAACCUUAGAAAGGCUAGCGAAAAGUUCAUUUUUGGAGAGACAAUCACGAUUAGUACAGCAGAUGUUGCAGAACGCAUUCAGUCUUAUAUUCCCCCGGCUCGGAAUAUAGUCUUUGUAGGCUACGGAAUUAUCAACGACCUCCAAGCUUUGCAGGCACUAGAUUUCCAGUUUCCAGCACUCCUUUCGAGCGUCCUGGACACUUCUCAGGUCGCUAAUAACGUCUUUGAGAUCUGGGGUGGUUCUUUGGGUGACUUACUGCUUAAACUGAGUUGUUCAUUUAAUCGACUCCAUUGCGCUGGAAAUGACGCAAACUUUACCCUAAGAGCUUUACUUCUUCUAGCUUCUGAAGGAUUUACUCGCCAACAGCGAUUUCAGACCGAGGAUUGCGAUACUCUUGCAAUUUUACGGCAAAUUUCACAUGAUCCUAUACCCUGUUGGACGGACCCAGAAGUUGCAGCUCUGGAGAAAAGGGAGAAGAGGAGAGAAAAGAGUCGGAAGCACCAGUCAAAGACGUGGAGCAAAGAGAAGCAGGCCGAGAUUCGAGCUGCUCGACAACUCACCAAAGAGCGAGACAUGGCAUUUAGCUAGGACCUAAGAAUUCGAGGGUCGCAGUGUGAGGUCAGUUUCCCCCUAAGAGGAUAGCGCAUAUUGUAGAUAUAUGUGGAGAAUCGGUUCCGACAAACGCGAUGGACAGGGUAAUGGGCAAGGCCCUAUGGCAACGUGCUGCUGCGUGGCCCUGUCAGUCUACCAGUAGCCUGUAGGCCAUGCCGCCCAUCCAUCAGUCUUUCUUAGGGCCGGUGGGUUGGUACGAGUAUGUAUCUGAUCUGAUGAUGUGCAUGCAUUGCAGAGCGCAGCGCAGCGCAGCGCACCACCACACCGAAGAGCAGAGGGUAGAGCAGAGCGGCCCGACAUGACUGGGGCUGGGCGUGAAAAAACAGACGUCAGGCCUACGGUGUACGACUUGUAUGACAACAAUAAGUAACUAUCAUAGCUCGUAUACGGAGUACUGAAAUCUUCAUUUCUCC